UUUAAGAACACAAAUCAUACGAGUCGUCUUCUCCGUCUUCCCUUGUUCCUCAUGAAUCGGGUGACUAAUAAGGCCGUAAACUAUCAAACUCAUGUCUUUUACGAAUUUGCUUCUCUCUCCCCAUAAGAAUCUUUGUUCUUUCUCUGAUUUUGUAGCUAUAGAAAUAGGUAGAAUAGACAUAUAGUUGUCUUUUAUAAUUUUUCAAUAUUUUUUUUUUGUAUUUGUUUCUCUGUGAUAUCGUGAAAUUUGUCUUCCGAUCUGGUGUUUUGACGGCGAUAAUAUACUUCUCAUACAGCUGGAUUCGACGUUUUCAAUUGAUUUUCUGAAAGGGUUGCUAGAGAAAUGAUGAAUCAAGGAGGAGGUAGAGAUGGGUACAUUUCUACUGCGGAACAUAAUUCCCUUCAGACACAUAAUACUGAUUCCACCCAAGGAUACACACCUUCAUAUCAUCCUCCAUCUGCAAGUUCCGAAGCCAUGCCCUGGACCUCAAACAUCACAGUUAAUUCUAACAUUGCGAAUAUGAAUUUUCCGAAUAGCAACAACAGUGAUCAGCAUGUUGAGCCUUCAAGGAAUAUUCAAGAUGGCUCUUCUCUUACCUCUGCUCAGUCUACAUCGAUUUCGGGGGCAGUAAGUGUACCACCACAAGAAUACAACACGUAUGCAGCAUACUCAAAUACCAAUUCACAUGGAUAUAGCAACAAUGGAUAUGCAGGUUACUAUAGUGGCUAUCAACCUCAAUCAAAUCAACCAUAUGCUCAACCUCAACCAAAUCAACCAUAUGCUCAACCUCAAUCAAAUCAACCAUAUGCUCAGCCCCAAUCAAAUCAACCAUAUGCUCAACCUCAAUCAAAUCAACCAUAUGCUCAACCUGUAGGAGCAUACCAAAACACAGGUGCUCCUUAUCAGCCUAAUUCCUCAUUUCAGAAUACGUCGUCUUAUGCUGGGACUCAAAAUUAUCCAAGCUCUUACUACAAUCAUGGUGAUUAUCAGACAUCUGGUGUUUACCCUAGUGGAGGUUAUAUUAACCCUACCAACUCAUGGAGUGAAGGAAAUUAUGGAAGUUAUGCCUCUCAUCAAUACCCGAAUUACAAUCCCGACACUAGUGGUGCUUCUUAUAGCUCCACUGCUGCUGCGGCCGUUGCUGCUUCUCCAGUUCAGUAUCAGCAAAACUACAAGCAAUGGCCUGAUUACUAUAGUCAAACAGAAGUUACAUGUGCUCCUGGUACUGAGAAGGUUUCUGUUGCAAGUACAACUAAUCCACUGUCCUCUGUGCCUGCCACCAGUGGGUAUCAGACAUUGGGUCAGACAUCAACUCCCUUUGUCCCAACAUGGAGGCCCAAUUCAUGUCCGUCUGAAUUGCCUUCAGUGCAGACUGGUGCAGUAGUUGCUACUGGACAUGAUGGCUACUGGAAACAUGGGACCCCUACUUUCAUAAAUCAGAGUAUUAGUCCUCAACAACCACAAUAUCAAUUGGCCACGGAAAAAAAUGAUACAUAUCAAAACGUUCAGGAUCAAAUGAAGACUUCAGGGCCCCAAUCAUCUGUACAAUAUCCUGCUGUGCAUCAGAUGCAUCAUAAUUACCAGGUGCAUGCACAACCUUCCCAACCUGUUUCCUCAGUAGAUUCUCGCAGGUUAAGCACACUGCAGAUUCCAACAAAUCCUCGAAUUGCUCCAAAUUUGCCUUUGGAUCUUGCCAAAUCAAGUAUGGAGACCUCAAUGAUCAGUACAGCAGAAAAACCAGUUUAUAUUAGUGUUUCUGUGCCAAAGCAGACUGAUAAAACAUCUUUGCAGGGUGGUGCCGAUUCUAUGAUUAAGCCCGGAAUGUUUCCGAAAUCUUUACGAGGUUAUGUUGAACGGGCUCUAGCUCGCUGUAAAGAUGAUAGUCAGAAAGCGGCUUGCCAGGCUAUCAUGAAAGAUGUUAUCACAAAGGCGACAGCUAAUGGUACCCUUUUGACACAUGAUUGGGAUAUGGAGCCCCUUUUUCAUCUUCCUUCUGUGGAUGAAAUCAAUAAAGAUUUGCAUUAUGCCCCUACUGUUUCUUCAUUGUCAAAGAAUAAAAGAAGUCCAAGUAAGCGUCCAAAAAGCAGGUGGGAGCCUGUGGCAGAUGAGAAACCGGUUGUAAAGUCAUUUGCUGCUGUUGCUGCUGCUGCUGCUGUUGGUUCAGUAAAAUUUAGUGGUUGGGGUGGUUUCAAUAAUAACAACAGGAAGUUUUCUACUGGAAAACCAGAAAAUAGAGGUGGUUUGAGCAGUGCUAAACUUUCCACAUCAGAACCAAAAAACAUAAACAAAGUCCCAUUUAGGCCAGCUAAGAGACAGCGCCCAGGUGAAGGUUUAGAUGUGACAGAUAAUGGUGAUGCAUCCAGUGAUAGCGAUAAGGAACAAAGUUUAACGACAUAUUAUCCAAGUGCCACUACCCUUGCAAACACACCUGAAGAAAAAAAGAAACGUGAAAAUAGAUCAAAACGUUUUGAUAAAGGAGAUAGGCAUCAUGGUGAAAUGAAUCAUUACAGGCCAAAAAAUGUUAGAGCGGGAAAUUUAUAUGCCAGAAGGGCAAAUGCAUUGGUACUAAGCAAAAACUUUGAAGAUAGUACAGCUGUUGAGGAUAUUGAUUGGGAUGCUCUAACUGUCAAGGGGACAUGUCAGGAAAUUGAAAAACGCUAUUUGCGCCUUACAUCAGCUCCAGAUCCAUCCUCUGUAAGACCAGAGGAAGUAUUGGAAAAAGCACUGGUAAUGGUUCAAACUGCUCAAAAGAAUUACCUUUAUAAGUGUGAUCAAUUAAAAUCCAUUCGCCAAGAUUUGACUGUACAGCGUAUACGAAAUGAGCUCACAGUCAAGGUUUAUGAAACGCAUGCUCGACUUGCUAUUGAAUCUGGAGACUUGCCAGAGUAUAAUCAGUGCCAAUCACAGUUGCAGACACUUUAUGCAGAGGGAAUCAAAGGAUGCCACAUGGAGUUCUCUGCCUACAAUUUACUUUGUGUUAUGUUGCACUCUACUAGUAGCAGAUAUCUUGUGUCAGCGAUGUCAAGAUUACCAGUUGAAGCCAAAGAAGACGAGGCUGUAAAACAUGCUCUUGCAGUUCGUAGGGCUUUCACUGCUGGGAAUUACGUAUUGUUCUUUAGACUAUACAAGAAUGCUCCCAAUUUGAACACCUGUCUAAUGGAUCUUCAUGUUGAAAAGAUGCGGUAUACAGCAUUGAAAUGUAUGUCUCGUGCUUGUCGACCAACAGUUUCCAUUCCGUACAUUGCUCAGGUUCUAGGGUUUAACCACACACUGGCUCCCUGUGAAAUGAUUGAAGAAAAGAUAGAUGGAUUGGAGGAGUGUAUGGAAUGGUUGAAGGCUCAUGGAGCUUGUCUGAUCUCUGACAACACUGGAGAAAUGCAGCUUGAUGCAAAGGCUUCGUCAACAACCAUUUACAUGCCAGAACCGGAAGAUGCUGUAGCUCAUGGAGAUCCUAAUCUUGCUGUAAACGAUUUUUUCGCAAAGAAUGUACAAUAAAAGCAAAACUCAAAAAAUCAAACUAUAAAAUAUGACAGUGAUGAAAGUUGAAACAACUCCGAUGCUGAUGAUCCCCACCAACUUCGACCAAAUAGGCUUGUACAACAACAACAGGUAAGUAAGGCUACCAUUCUUAUUAUAUAUAUGUGUGUGUUGAUUGUGACAUGUUUUUGAUCUGAUUCAUCAUAUGGGCAGCAAAUUUGUUCUACCCUAUUUUGCAUACAUAUAUUAACUGGGGAAAAACAAAUGUUGUUGGCCCUUCAACUUUUUAGUUUAAUACUUUCUGGUAGGAUAUUCUAUUGAUGAAGUACUCUUAAUAAAAAUUACUCUAGUUUGUUUUUUGUAGCUGUUUAUUAACAGCAAUA